UUUGGCAUUUCAGUUCAGUGACAUUAGACAAAAGUCGAAUUGACUGCGAAAAUAAUCCAAUGGGCGGUGUUGUAUUGGGAUCUGGGUGGUGCUGGGCGUGGCUCGACCAAUCAGCUGGCAGUCAGUGGGUGCGGCGGCCGCGCCCAUCAGCCAAACCCAACAGGUAGUUUAGUGUUGUCGUCGCCACCAGGGAGCGAGGAGCCUGUGUGGCCCCAACGCCUGUGAUACUCUGUAGAUAGGUUUAUUUUUAGUGGUAGUGGUUUAGUCGUUCAUUUGUUUUCUGUGUCUGGGGACGGUUUCUGUUCCUCCUCUACGCGGCCCGGUCGGUGAGAAGAUGACAGAUUCCAACAUGAAAGUGAUCGGUUUGUUUUCGCUAAGGUGAAGAAGCUGUUCCUCCUCCCUCCCUCCCUCCCUCCCUCCCUCCUCAUCCCUCAAAACCACACCCCUCCUCCACCCCCCCUCCCUCCUCCGUCCAAAAUUACCUCGGUGCCUUCCUUGGAUUUAUGAAUAUUAAAUGAAGUGGUGACACGCUGUUCCUUGAUAGUGGGAGCAGAUAUCGGUUCCUCUUCCUCGGACCUACCAGGGCAAGUUUUGACCCCACGAAGCGCACGAACGCACGCACACACACACACACAAUCACCCUCUCCUAGCAUAAUCAGGUAAUUGGACGCAUCUUAACUGCCUAAUGAAGUUUCCAGGCCCCUUUUUUGAAAUGCGUGUUGGCGUGAGCGAGGGCGUUAGCUGUGCCCCAGUGCUGCUUAAGGUACCAGCCCCAGCUAAGCGUUCAACCAUGCAUCCUAAUAUGACAUCCAAGGAGGCUGAGGUUCCCCCUGAGCAGGUGGAACCAGUGGACCUUAGCGUAAGGACCACGAAGACGUCAGCUGAUUCUCAACACACAAAUUGCAAGACGCUCAAGGAUCACCCUGGAGUCGUCCUCAAAGUACCCACAUUCCCAUCCUUCGCCCUGCAGUCUCUCGGCCUCGACCUCUCACUGAAAGCCGUGAGUGAAUCACCGCCCAGCCCUGUUGCCCCAUUCAGCGUUAGUUUGGAAGCCUUGAGGACCGGGACGACGACGCUUCUAAAUAUACAGAAAUUACACGAAACCUCACUGGCGUUAUGUGGUAAAAGAUCCUUGAGUGAAAGUCCUUCUCCACCUCCCGUAACCAGCUCAGGUCCGCCCGCCGCCCACCUAUCCUCGGCAGUGUCGGUGUCCAUGUCCUCUCCUGCUGCUGUGGCGGCCGCGGCUGCUGCCGCCUCACUCCUCUCGCCUUCUCACUCUUUUAUCUCCUCCUCGUCGUCGCCAUCUUCGUCUCCUCCAACGCCACCAGCAGGGGCUAGACCACCGGGGCGCCCUCCGCCCCCACCGGCCGAUUACACAGACGCCCUGCGAAGACGCAAAGUGCACAGGUGCGACUUCGAAGGUUGCGAAAAAGUCUACACGAAGAGUUCUCACCUGAAGGCCCAUAAACGAACUCAUACAGGCGAAAAGCCCUACCAGUGUACCUGGGACGGAUGCAUGUGGAGGUUCGCGAGAUCGGACGAAUUAACGCGUCACUAUCGAAAACACACCGGCCAGAAACCAUUCAAGUGCCAACUGUGCCAAAGGUCGUUUUCGCGAUCUGACCAUCUGUCACUUCACAUGAAGAGGCACUGAAGUAGUGGUGCCCUCGAGGCUUUCGAGGUGAAGUCAGAUCUUGAACUAGAACACUAACACAGUGAAGAAGAGAAAAACUUUGUGCCAAGUGUAACUCGAUAGCGGGGAUAAGGAAAAGGUCUCCUCUUUGCCUAUCGGAGCUUUAAGUUUUAACAAUUAGUCGCUGGUGGUGACCGUUGCGUCUCCACCAUUACAACCAAAACAAGUACCCCUUCUUUCUCUGCCCCUCCCUUAUCCUGUCUCCUCCUUUCUUCCCCUUCUCCAAGGAGAGGGGGAAAUGUACAAAUAACCUGUUGUUUCAACAGACGGUCACAUGGUGGUGUCUUUUUUAUAAAAGGGAAACAGAUGGGAAUAUCCCCCCAACCCCCCAACCAACCUCCCGUAACCCCCGCAUUUUGUGGGUCGAGAUCUGUUUCUUGAGGUCCUCCUCGGAUGAAGAACAACAACAACAACAACAACAACAGUACCAACGUUGGUCUUCCAGUUCCCCAUCGCCCUCUUUUCAAGAUCUUGAUAUAGAAUCAGUCCCGAACGUCCUCCAGUAGGGUGGAGGAAUUGAGUCGUCAAUUUUUACCUAACGGUUAAUCCUAUCGAAGGUCGUGAAAAAAUCUUCGGUCAGACUGUACAGUAUAUGUUUAACUUAGAAAAAAUACAUAUUGUCGCCUUGAUGUGUGAAAAAGACUGAUCUUUUGUAACUCUGUGGUAUCACUAGUGAUAGUGUGUGUGAAUGGAAAAUUAAUAUUACGAGAAAUUUUGGACGAUAGAGGAGGGAAUUUAAAAAAAAAAAAAUUGACUAUAAUCUAUCAAAUCGGACUCUCUGCUUGACGGUUGAGAGACCGAAGGAAAAGCAAGCAAGCUUUUUUUUUGUACCGUAGGAGUACACAGCAAGUAACUCUUCGUUCCAUGCAAGACAAUAUAUAAAUAUAUAUUAUAUAUUCCGACAUUAUACACUGAACCGCUGUCUUCCAGAUGCCUUGUGACUUACCAUAGAGAGUGUAUUUUAAUUUCUUGAGAGUUAAUUGCUCCACAUUCGUCAACUAUUGGAGUUACGAAUACUAACAUUUUUGAAAAAGUUAUCAUUUAAGUCUGCAUAUUGGCAAAUAAUUAGGCCUGUGACGUCUCAGCUUUUUUCGUAAAAGAUGAGGUCAUUUUUGUUCAUGUUUUUUACGCUUGAAACAUUAAAAAAAAAUUUAAAGGUGAUACUAUUUGUAAGCACAAAUAGAUAAAAAAAACCAGUGCAUGUAGUAGUCUUCCAACUUCCUUGUGAUGGAAACGGUGUUAUAUAUAUACGAGAUCUUCCAUAGCUGAGCUGACGAGCCCGUGAAAGUAGCCUCGGCCGAUUCACCCCCACCCCCCCUGUCUUCACGCUUCUGUUUGCAUUAUUUAAAAGACAAUAAAGUAAAAUAUCUUUUUUUCAUAUGCUGCGUGGAAUGAGAAUAAAGUACUAUAUAUUUUAUCUAUAUGAAAUUGAUAAUCUGAUAACUGUCAGCAAAUUAAAAAGUUCCUUUGGUUUAUGGAAAGUAUCUUUCUUUCUCUGCCAAAUAGAAGUGUGAAGGAUUUUUUUUUUCUCGAGUUGUUUUUGUUUGUCUGGUGAAUCUGCCCAGAACUCGGUUAGGGACCACUGGACUACCGGGCCUCGUUGAAGCCUUUUGCUCGAUGUAGGUAGAAUUAUAUUCAACAAAAAUAAAAAAAUACUUUCUCUCCACCAAUUGUAUAUGUUUAGGAAGAAUAAAUCAAAAGAACUG